AGAGGCGCAGAAGCAGCAUGAGAAGUAUCAAUAGCCCUACAAAACUGAAUCAUGCCUCCAACCCAAGAUCAUCCAACCGAACCAGUUGUAGCAUAUCCAUCCUGCGUUUUUCCAGUCACUCUCAAGUUUGAAGAGGUGGUGUACAAAGUAAAGGUUAACUCCAAGCAAAAAGGAUGGACAUGUUGCAACAGUGUCCAAUCAGAGAAAACAAUACUCAACGGGAUAUCUGGCAUGGUUUGCCCGGGCGAAAUACUAGCCAUGCUAGGCCCAUCCGGCAGCGGCAAGACAACCUUACUCACUGCACUCGGUGGGCGUUUACGCGGCAAGCUCUCAGGAAAAAUCACUUACAACGGUCAGCCUUUCUCGAGCAGCAUGCGAAGACGAACUGGUUUUGUGUUACAGGACGACGUGCUCUAUCCUCACCUCACUGUCAGCGAAACACUCAUGUACACGGCCCUCCUCCGGCUGCCGAGUUCGCUGACGAAAGACGAGAAGGUGCAACAAGCUCAACGUGUUAUGGCUGAGCUUGGGUUGGGUGGAGUGGCUAACACUAUGAUUGGAGGACCGUUGUUUAGAGGGGUGUCUGGUGGGGAGAAGAAGAGGGUGAGUAUUGGGCAGGAGAUGUUACUGAACCCGAGUUUGUUGCUUGUUGAUGAGCCUACUUCCGGCCUGGACUCGACCACGGCGCAGAGAAUUAUGAGCACUUUGCGGAGGCUAGCGGUCGAGGGUGGCCUGACGGUGGUGACAACCAUCCAUCAGCCAUCUAGCAGGCUGUACCAUAUGUUUCAUAAGGUUGUCCUAAUCUCGGAAGGAUGCCCUAUGUACUACGGCCCAGCCUCAAGUGCUCUUGACUACCUGUCCUCCAUUGGUUAUUCUUCUCCUAUUGUAGCUAACCCUGCUGACGUCUUGCUCGAUCUUGCCAACGGAAUCAGCCCAAAUAAUAGCAACGUGGAAAAGGAGCAGAACGAGCAGAAGAUGGUGAAGGAGGAGCUUAUCUUGGCUUAUGAUCGCAACAUCGCCUCUAGAUUGAAAAGUGAGCUCUGUUCUGUAGAUCCUAACACAUUCAAUUACCUUAGAGAAAUUCCCAACAAUGUGAAGAGGGAGCAAUGGAGCACCAGUUGGUGGGAACAGUUCAGGGUGCUAUUAAGCAGGGGACUCAAAGAAAGGAGAUACGAAGCCUUCAACAAGCUAAGAAUAUUUCAAGUUUUAAGUGUGGCAACCGUCGGAGGCUUACUGUGGUGGCAAACCCCACCAUCCCAUAUCCAAGACAGGACAUCCCUCCUCUUUUUCUUUUCUGUAUUCUGGGGUUUCUAUCCUCUAUACAACGCAGUAUACACAUUCCCACAGGAACGGGCAAUGCUCAUCAAAGAACAAUCAUCAGGCAUGUACCGCCUUUCAUCUUACUUCCUAGCUCGCACAGUCGGAGACCUCCCAAUGGAGCUAGCUCUCCCUACGGCAUUCGUCUUAAUCAUCUAUUGGAUGGGUGGGCUAAAGUCUGAUCCAGCAACCUUUAUUCUUUCCCUCCUUGUAAUCCUCUACUCAGUUCUUGUUGCCCAGAGCCUCGGCCUUGCCGUCGGCGCUGCCCUUAUGGACAUCAAACAAGGAACCACAAUGGCCUCUGUUAUCACCCUCGUCUUCCUUGCCGCCGGUGGCUACUAUGUUCAGCAAAUCCCUUCUUUUAUUGCCUGGUUUAAGUAUUUCAGCUACAGUUUUUACUGUUUUAAGCUUCUUUUAGGCAUACACUAUAGAGCUGACGAAUUCUAUGAGUGUUCCCCUGGUAUCAUGUGCCCGGUGAUGGAGUUCCCUGCUAUCAAGGCUGUAGGUCUUGCACACAUUUGGGCAGACGUUUGCGUCAUGGCUCUUAUGCUCAUCGGUUACCGCCUUGUUGCUUUCUUGGCUUUGCAUCGACUGCGCCUGAGAUAGUCAUCAUCACUCAAAACAAUUACAAAUCAUAUAUGCAGGACACAUGUAUAUGUAUAUUUGUAGAAAGAGAGAGGGAGAGCAGCACGCAUGCACAUUUUCCGGAGUGAGAGUUGUAGGAUCUGAGAGCAGAGUACUCCAAGAGAGAGUGCAGUAGCAUACAAUAUAAAUGAUCUGAAAUAUAUAGAGUUAAUGAAGUUCUUGUUUUGGUGUUACUUUCCUAUACUCUUUUACUUUCCUAUAAUUUGGCAAGAUCAGAUGUAAUGCUCACCAAAUCACUCAGUGAGAGUUACAAUUUAGAUUACAGUUCA